AUGGUGUCUACUUCAUCUGGUUUUACUACCCAGGAGGGCACUACAGAGCCUUCUAAUACCCAAACGGAAAGAAGAACCAGCAAAAGAAAGAGAUCUCCUACGAUGGAUUCAAAGAAUGGCAUCAACAACAAUGACGACAAUGAAGACGAUCCUUCCUAUGAACCUUCGAAGAAAACCCGUCCCGAUACUCGAGGCAAGGCUUCUCCGACGUCCAAGGGGAACGACAUUAAGAAGCUAGAAGCCGAGAUUAGAAAAUGGAAGAAUAAAUCCAAGGACCAACAGAAACAACUAGUGAAAGUCACCACUGAAUCUAUCCUGAAUGCCAGAAGGGGAAGCAAAGAGAUAUGGGACCUCACCAAGAUUGAGACAGAGUUCAAGAACGUCAACCGCGAUAUCAAAAACUGGAUCAAAAAGUACGGCAUUACUAGGCAGAUCUCGUCAUUGCCUGACGCUAAAAAGAAAGAAUUUCUGUCGGAAUGCAGAGAUGUUUCGGCGAUAUACUUCAGCGUCUUCGCCGAAAAUGAUUUUUCAGCUAUAGAAACCCUUUCAAAGGGUGCGUACAUGCUUCUGGAGGGGUUCUUAUUCGCCUGGACCUGCUCGUAUCUAAUCCAGAGACGGUUUAUCUUCCUCGAUGAGGCAUUGAAGGAUCACAACGCAAGGCCAAAGCAUGAACUUUUGCAAGUCGGGAAUUAUGAAGAGAAAUUUGACAGUUUUGCCGCGGAGCUAGGAAAAGUCUCCCCUUACCAAAACCAGAAAUGGAUGACUAGCACGCUGCAAGCACUCAAGCCGAUCAUGAUCCCCGAUUAUUCCUCCAAAGAGACCCAAUCGGGAUGGGCAAAUGAAAAGCGUGGCAAUGGCUUUCUCAAGAAAUAUGACACGGGAUUAUCCUCGCUAGUUACUGAUUUUCUCAAGAGCCCAGCAAGAUAUGUUCUUUCUUGCCCCCAGGGCGACAGAAAGACACAACAGCGUGAAGAAUUGAGAAGAAUUUUUCGCAAGUUUAGGGAAUUGGCGUACCAUAUGUGGUGCCAGCCCUCUCACGUGUCAUAUGAAUACCGGACAAACUUGGCCCAGUUCGACCCAGAUACAAUGGAGCUUGAUUUUAGGGCAACAAUGGGCAGACCGGAUAAUGCAGCGGACAGGCUAAGAGGUGAUAGAGUCUUGAUAAACAUCAACCCUGCCAUAGUCGGGGUGGUCGUUGAUCCUGACAGUAAUGAGCACACGCGAACGACCUAUUUGAAACACAAAGUCUGGACUGUCCAUUGCCAGAGUUUUAGUCAUCCGCAGAAGGCAGCUAAAGAAGAGAAUGCCACUCCUGCAGAUGAUCCUAUUCCAGAACAGGGAUUGGAGAAGGAUGAUUCUACAAACGACGGACAGGAUGACAGCGCGGCUCUAGAGCGCAAAGAUCACCGUUUUGCUCAAGUUGAAGCAAUGAGUUGUGAAAACGAUGACAUUGUUGCUCCAGAACAGUGGUUGGAGAGUAAUCCAGCCGGAAGACAGAUUGUUAAUCCUACUGCAAUCUACUACCCAAAAGUCCAUGGUACUGCUCAACAUCAGAUGGUUGAACCGUUUCUACGUGACCAACAAGCCAACUACCCUCCUACGCAUAGCGAACAGAAUAUCACGUUUUUUGAGUAUCAAUCUCGAAAUUCUAGACAGCAAUACUACACGCCUGCCAGUGCCAGCUGGAAUGACUUUCCAUACCAGCUGUCUAGACCAGUUCUACAGAGCGUGCAGGAUCCCGGUCCUUCUAUGAAUGACAGGCAAUACUCCGUGAGCCCUGUCACACGGUUAUUAGCAGUAACAAACGACGCUAUGCAGGACUACAAUACAACUGCCACUUACAACACUAAUGACCGUGGCAAUCCAAAUACCAUCCCGCGCAGCGCUCCAACCUAUGACGCCACCGGCUAUUAUACUGCAGAAGACAGACCCCGUUAUGACAACGCUUCAGACGAUGCUAUGGUGCUUCUUCCGACUAGUCAUCCUCUUGGCAGUCAAUGGCAGGUUGAUGAGACUUCGACUGAGGAGGAAUUAGACGAUGAUCGUCCUACGGAAGAAAUAGAAUGGAAAUGA